AUGUUUUCUCCCUUAAGUCUUUCGUCUUCAUCGUUUUACUGCAAUCUGCACAUUACUCUCUCUCUCUCUCUCUCUCUCCAAUCUAUUUUUCUUAAUUUCUGUUUUCUCUCUCUCUCUCUCCCUCCAUCUUGUGCAAGUAUUUUUUCAUUUAUCCUUCUGUGUGUCUUUUUUCACUUCUUUACCCUGUUAUUGAUCAAUCUAUCUUUUCUAUUCUGUCUUUUUCUUAAUUCUGAGUUACUUUCUUUUCCAAAGAGUGCCUUCUUUUCUUUUCUAUCUUUCUCUUUUCAACUAUUUCUGCUUGCUUCAUACAAGAAUAUUGUCUCUCUCUCCCUCUCUCACAUUAAAACGAGUUUUGCUCGCUCUCUCUCUCCUUGUUUUUGCUCGCUCUCUCUCUCCUUGUUUUUGCUCGCUCUCUCUCUCCUUGUUUUUGCUCGCUCUCUCUCUCUCCUUGUUUUUGCUCUCUCUCUCUCUCCUUGUUUUUGCUCUCUCUCUCCUUGUUUUUGCUCUCUCUCUCCUCUCCUUGUUUUCCUCGCUCUCUCUCUCUCCUUGUUUUCCUCGCUCUCUCUCUCUCCUUGUUUUCCUCGCUCUCUCUCUCUUGUUUCCCUCCUCUCUCUCUCUCCUUGUUUUCCUCGCUCUCUCUCUCUCUCCUUGUUUUUCUCUCUCUCUCUCUCCUUGUUUUCCUCGCUCUCUCUCUCUCCUUGUUUUCCUCGCUCUCUCUCUCCUUGUUUUCUAGCUCUCUCUCUCUCCUUGUUUUUCCUCGCUCUCUCUCUCUCUCCUUUUUCCUCGCUCUCUCUCUCUCCUUGUUUUCCUCGCUCUCUCUCUCUCUCCUUGUUUUUCCUCCUCUCUCUCUCUCUCCUUGUUUUCCCUCGCUCUCUCUCUCCUUGUUUUCCUCGCUCACCUCUCUCGCCUUGUUUUCCUCGCUCACUCUCUCGCCUUGAUUUCCUCGCUCACUCUCUCUCCUUGAUUUCCUCGCUCACUCUCUCUCCUUGA